GCUUUAUCCUUGCUCUUGUUUCUCUUGAAUUUUUUUUCCUUUCCUUUCUUUGUUAUUUAUCAAAUGGAUUUUCCGUGGCUAUCGGACACCCAUAAACAUUUUGGAAACAAACAAAGUAAUCAACCCACUACUAAUUUCACAGACAAUGCAAGACGCGCUCGUGCAGGCACAAUGCCUUCCUCCACACUCCCUCCUUUGUUUGACUUGAGCCCAUAUAUUGCUCAACAAAAACCACAACAUUCUGGUUCAAUCAGUAACCUUGAUGAGAGUCCCCUUGAUGAAAAUUCGAAUAUUGCAAGCACACUUGCCUCUCUGGGGUUACAUGACGACGAUGGACCAACACCUCCAAUGCGCCAUCGUGCUUUUACAGUCUCUUCAAGACAAUAUCCCGACGUAUCAUCUUUUAGUCUCUUUCCAGAGCAAUCUGUUCCUCAUCGACGUCCAAGGGCCAUUAGUCUUGGUAUGGCAGAUAGAAAAGGGUUUUCUCCUUUUGAUCAUUUUCGUACAACUCCAAAUUUGACAGACGAACUAUUGUACAACACACUUCCUCAAAUGGAGGAGGAAGUCAAUGAGGAAGGUGGAGGACAUCAAACACCUUCCCGUGCGCUAUGGUUGGGUAAUAUUAAUCCUUCCUUGAGUGUGCCUGAUCUCCACAAGAUGUUUGCACGUUAUGGCCAUGUUGAAAGUGCACGUAUCUUAUCUGACAAAGAAUGUGCUUUUGUUAAUUUUGAUACUGUGGAGUCUGCAAUAGCUGCAAAAAAGGACCUUGUCAAUCGACUCGGUAGUAAAGUCAAGGGUAGUGUGGUCAAAGUAGGUUUUGGAAAAGCAGAUGUUAGUUUAGCUAUGGCACUUUCAAACGAAUCUGGCCCUAAUGCUCAAGGUCCCACUCGCUCCUUAUGGGUUGGAAAUAUACCAUCCAAUAUCAAUCCUUCUGUAUUACGAUCUUUGUUUCAACCUUUUGGCUCAAUUGAGUCCAUUCGCAUCCUCUCUCACAAAAACUGUGGUUUUAUCAACUUUGAGCGUCAAGAAGAUGCUGUACGUGCACGCAAGCAUAUGCAAAACAAAGAGAUUUUAGGCCCUGGCACAGACACUGUUCGUGUAGGAUUUGCCAAGGCACCUGAAACAAGCGAUGUUAUUGAAGAUGUAGUAAUUUCAGGCAAUACUGUCACUUCUUAUGCUACACCUUCUCAACAGCAACAAAAGCAACAGCAACAGCAACAGCAACAGCAACAGCAACAGCAACAGCAACAGCAACAAUUGCAGGACAAGACAGAUUCAACGCAACGGAGCAGUGUCAUUUUGAUGGCUACAAUGAUGAUGAAUGCUCAAAAACAACAGCAUCAACAAGAGUCUAAUUCACUGAGUAGUAUGGAUGAAAACAAACGUCUGGCAAUUGAACGCAAGUUCAUUAUGAAACAAUUGGGUUAUGAAGAGAAAGAAGAAGCAAAUCGCACACCCAUUGAAUAUGCAACAUAUAUUCCUAUUGUACUUGAAUUUAGCGCUGAUCGUCAAUUGGGUCCUCUGCGUCUCCGAGAGAUUAGAAAGGCAUUAGAUAAUGGACAAGCUAUUCCUGAUAUUGAAGCUAUUGCGUCUGAAUGUACUGACGAAAUUGUUGAACUCUGUAGUGACUAUAUUGGAAAUACAGUAGUUCAAAAAUUAUUUGAACAUUGCUGUGAUGAAACCAAAACCAUAUUGCUUUCUAAAAUUGCCCCUCAUCUGGCCUCUAUUGGUGUCCAUAAAAAUGGUACUUGGGCAGCACAAAAGAUCAUUGAUACAGCCAAGACAAAGAAGCAAGUUCAGUUGAUCUCUGAGCAUAUUGCUCCUUAUGUUCCUCUUUUGCUUCUUGAUCAAUUUGGUAAUUAUGUUGUUCAAUGCUGUUUACAUAUGGAACAAAAUCAGUUCAUUUUUGAUGCUAUUGUUGACAAUUGCUGGGAGAUUGGUCAAGGUCGUUUCGGUGCUCGUGCUGUUCGUGCUAUUCUAGAGAACUCAUCAGUGACUCGAGACCAGCAGAUUUAUGUGGCUGCAGCUAUUAUGCAAAAUGCACUUUUGUUAUCUUCAAAUGCCAAUGGUUCUAUAUUACUGAACUGGCUGCUUGAUACCUCUGGAUUACUUCAUCUUACCCUCUAG